UGGGCAGUAAUAUGCAGUCGGAGGAGGGCACAGAAUGGCUCCUGGAGCUGCUGAUGGAGGUGCAGCUGCAGCAGUACUUCCUGCGUAUCCGCGACGACCUCAACGUGACGCGACUCUCCCACUUCGACUACGUCAAGAACGAGGACCUGGAGAAGAUUGGCAUGGGGCGGCCCGGGCAGAGACGGCUGUGGGAGGCGGUCAAGAGGAGGAAAGCCAUGUGCAAGCGGAAGUCCUGGAUGAGCAAGGUGUUCAGUGGGAAGCGUCCGGAUGGCGGGGACUUCCAGCAGGCGUCGCCCACCUCUUCCUUCCGCAAGCUGUCCCCCACGCCACCCCCAGCGGUUGAGGGGGGUCCUCAGUCCCUGUCCCAGCCCCCCCAGCACCAGGCCCUCACCUGUCUGAUCAGCGAGAAGGACCUUGCUCUCUUCGAGAAGCUGGGCGACGGCUCCUUCGGGGUGGUCAAGAGGGGCGAGUGGUUCACGCCCGCCGGGAAAGUGUUGACUGUAGCGGUCAAGUGUCUGAAGACAGACAUGCUGAGCCAGCCGGAGGCGUUGGACGACUUCAUCUSCGAGGUCAACGCCAUGCACUCCCUGGACCACCAGAACCUCAUCAGGCUGUACGGAGUGGUGCUCACACAACCCAUGAAGAUGGUGACCGAACUAGCCCCGCUUGGCUCUCUCGUGGAGCGCCUGCGCUGCGUUCGGCCGCAGGGCCCCGUCCUCAUCCACACGCUGUGCCAGUACGCCGUGCAGGUGGCGUGCGGCAUGGCCUACCUGGAGCAGCGGCGCUUCAUCCACCGCGACCUGGCCGCCCGCAACAUCCUGCUGGCGUCGGCCCAGAGGGUAAAGAUCGGCGACUUCGGUCUGAUGCGGGCGCUGCCCGACAACCACGAGCACUACGUCAUGCAGGAGCACCGCAAGGUGCCGUUCGCGUGGUGUGCCCCGGAGAGCCUGAAGACGCGGACAUUCUCCCACGCCACAGACACCUGGAUGUUCGGGGUGACGCUGUGGGAGAUGUACACCCACGGACAGGAGCCCUGGCUGGGCCUCAAUGGCAGCCAGAUCUUACACAAGAUAGACAAGGAGGGUGAGCGUCUGCCCAAGCCAGAGGACUGUCCUCAGGACCUCUACAACGUCAUGUUGCAGUGCUGGGCCCAGAAACCUGAUGACAGGCCCACCUUUGUCGCCCUCAGGGAGUUCCUGCUCGAGACCAUGCCAGCAGACAUGUGCGCGCUGCAGGACUUUGAAGAGUCCGACAAGCUUCAGAUUCAGGUCAAUGACGUGAUCACCGUCAUCGAGGGCAGAGCGGAGAACUACUGGUGGCGGGGCCAGAACAAGCGCACGCUGAAGUUGGGCAAGUUCCCCAGGAACGUGGUGACCUCGGUUGCAGGCCUGUCGGCCCAUGACAUCAGCAGACCCCUCAAACACAGCUUCAUCCACACAGGCCACGGAGACACAGACCCGCACCGCUGCUGGGGCUUCCCGGACCGCAUCGACGAUCUGUACCUAGGGAACCCCAUGGACCCACCAGAUGUCUUGGGGUUGGACCUCAAUGCUGCCCGGCCUACUCAGCUACCAGGACGAGCAAAAAAGGCACCUACUCGUCCCCCCCAGCCGUUGGUGCUUGUCAAGAAGCCGUGCUACGACUCGGUGACUGAGGACGAGGAGCUGACCGCCUCAGGCCUCAAGGGGCUGUCGCUACUGAAAGCGGGCUCCAUCAAAGGCCUCAAGCUGAAACCCGCCACAUGUGUCUCCGCCUCCAAACAGGGGGGCCGGACUAUGGGCUCAGGCCACACCCCCAGUGAUGUGUCACUCAUCGACUUUGGGGAGGAGUUUCCCCCGGCCGCAUCCUCCCCCUCCCCGGUGGUGGAGCUCCAGGUGCCCUCGUUGGCCAAGCUGGCCCUGGACGCAGAGUUUAUUCUGGAUCGUACUCCUACCCAGAGCCCGUGGCGCUCGCUGCCCCGCCCCUUACACCCCACGCCAGUGGUGGACUGGGACGCCCGGCCCUUACCUCCACCUCCUGCGUACGAUGACGUGGCGCAGGACGAGGAGGACAUGGAGGUGAGCUCCAUCAACAGCCUGGAUCAGCAGCAGGGGGGGAUGGGUGAGAGCCACAGCCCCACAGAGACCUUGCCGGCUGGUGAGYAGAAGGCCAUGGCCGGUGCAGCCGACAAACCCCUGGAGGACAACCUCUUCCUGCCCUCUAAGCAGGGCCUGGCCUCCACAUCCUUCUCUCAGUCAGCUGAGAUCUUUCAGGAGCUCCAACAGGAGUGCAUGAGGAGGCUCAAUGUGCCCACGGGAGGAGGUCCCCAGCCGCCCUCGCUGUACCCAAGCUCAGGCCUCCAGUCCAAGGACGUCCACCACCAGAUCAUCUUGUUCUUCUCUGAGGACAAGCCCCAGAUCCCUCCACGCGUACCCAUCCCACCUCGCCCUGUCAAACGGGGGGACUACACCCGCUGGUCCGGUGACCUCUCCCUGUCCCUGACUCCAGCUUCUGAGGAAGUUCAGGACCGGCCCCCUCAGAUCCCCCCGCGGGACCCUCUGUCCCASCCGGGCUCGCGCACCCCCAGUCCCAUGGGCCAACAGGUGGGCUCCCCCCAGCAAAGGACAAUGGUUUUCCCCAGUGCCCCUCCUCCGCCCACAUACGGAUCCUACCUCUCUACGUCCCCGGGGAAACUCAUGCCCACCACACAUAGCUUUGCCUUGGACCCCAAAUACGCCGCACCCAAGGUCAUCCAAGCACAAGCCCAGYGUAAGGACCUGGCCAAGGGGCCCUGCAUCCUGCCCAUUGUCCGCGACGGCCGCAAAAUCAGCAACACGCACUACUACCUCCUGCCCGAGAGGCCGCCUUACCUGGACCGCUACGACCGCUUCUUCAGGGAAGCGGAAAAUGUGCCGACUGGUGGCAGUGGUGGGAUCUGCGAGGAGAGGCGGCAGGCCAACACGGCCACGGUCAGGCCCAUGAUGGUGAACCAGCAGCCGCAGAACCAAGGGGGAGACCUCAAGCCCAACUUUUCCUGCAACAACAACACUAGCCUGGGCUUCCGGCUGGGCAUGAAGUCCUCCAUCAGCCUGCCCAGGGUCAMCUCUGACGGGUCAGCCGGCAGGGCAGAGGGGGGAACCACAGCAGACGGGGUCAAGAUGGUGCAGGAGGCGGUCCAUGGAGUGACUAUAGAGGAGUGUCAGACAGCCCUCCAGAACCACAACUGGAACGUGCAGAAAGCUGUGCACUACCUCAAGGUUGAGCAGCUGUUCUGUCUUGGCCUGAAGACCAGGGCGGAGUGUCUCAAGGUGCUGGAGAUGUAUGACUGGAACCUGGAGGUGGCCAGCACUCAGCUCCUGGACUCCUACGGCUCCGUCCGGCAAAGGCGGUGACCGAUGUCACGAGGAGCAACGGCUAAGUCCGUUCAGAACUCUUUUCAUUCAUCAGCGGUCUUUGAAGGGGCGGAGUCUGCUCCCGUCUCUCCGUUACGAUUUGCCAGAUGCAUCCAAUAUGCAGUCUUCCCCACACUGAGGACCUGGAGGCUAACCCGCACUAACACCGAAUAGGAGCGGAAGUCUGCUUAGAAUGCAGGGAGUGGAACCAUACUCUUGAAGGGACCAUGUUGUCUGCUGGUCCCUUACCUAUAGCUCAGCACUGAAGGAAAAAUGUCCUCUAUGUUGGUGCUGGUCUARCCAAUUCAGUUAUAUCACUGCCACAAUAGACCUUUGACCAACUUAGAUUCACCCUUGUGUUAUUACUAACUUAUAUGAAUCAGGUUUGUGUUGCAUCCCUUUGAAAAUCAACAGAAACUGCAGUACCAUAGAAAAAGAGUAGACCUCUCCUCUGCCAAAGCACUCCCCUACACCCCUACAGUAUGUGUGCUGUAUUAGGCUCCUCGGUUUGGAUAGGGACUUUGUUUUCGGGUUGUCAGCAUCUUUCUGCUGCAAUGCCCGCCUUCCCAGGCCUCCCAAGGUGCUCUACUGCGUUUCAGCAGAGGUCAAAGUUCAAAAAGSCCACCUGGAAGGAGAGAACGAACAUUAAAGAGAACUAAACAAUAUGCAGCUGGUCCACGUUUAAGUCGACUCCUUCUUUUAUGUUCUGUUCUACAGAGUUCUAUUUGAUUUAUAUUAAGGAGAGGAAUUACWUUUUUAUGCACACAUACAGUAUAUUAUAUAUAUUAUAUAUAAGAAGAGUUCAGAUGUUUUGAGUUUAUAUAUUUUCAGCGAAUAUGCGCUGAAAGUUGGUGUUUUUUGUUUUUAGUUCUCUGUUCUUUCAUAUAUUUWGCUUUUGAACCGGUCGUUUGAAAAAAUGGGGACAUAUUGAAAACGUUCAACUCUCUUGAGAUGUUUUAUUUUCAUUUGAUCAGUUAAGCCGUUUAUGUUAGAAUGUGCUCCCCCUGAAUUGAGUUCACUUGUGGCUAUUAAUUUGAUCCACUCCAAAUGUCCAUUUAAUCGUUCCCUACUGGUGUACAGAACUAUUUGACACCUGACUCUUUUUUUUGUGCUCCCUCACUAUCUACUCUAAGCACUUUCCCCACACAAAACUACUGUUGAAAAUGGCACACUGGCUUGCUUAUAUUCAAAGCACAUUGAUACUUAAAUAAUUAAUUAACAACGUUGCCACUGCUCCAGGACAAAGAUUCCCCCGAGCAGAGACGAUACCCCUCGUAACUAGUCUUUACCUCGACUAUUAGGAGCUAAAACCUUUAGUCGGCACCCAUAGGUUGCAGAGAAUUCUGAGGGGAAGAAAUGUCAGUACUGGCCCUAGUUGGUUACGCACAUCAAGCACAUGCAAGAUCCAAAAUGUCACAAUACUGGAUUAGACUCGGCCAAUAAAGUAUGCAGACCUCUCAAAACCUAGAGCAAACUGUAUUGUAAAAUGUGAGUGUCUGUUUUCGAUGUAUUUUCUAUACUGUGCUAUCCUCUGUAUUCAUCGUAGACCAGUGGAGCAGAGAUUCUGGAAUGGUUGCACGCAACCUGUUGGUUUUCUGUGUGUUACGAUUCAAAUMAUGUUUUUGAACAUUAAGAUCUUUUAUAGUUGAUUCCAAUAUGUAAAUAAGUCUUACCUGAGAAGGCCUGUAACUGACCUCAAAUCAGUUAAAAUUCCAGCACAGACCAACACGGUUAAACUAGCAGACUCCUAGUAGACCACUCCUACCAGUGUAGCGGGCUUGCAGGCUGGUCUUUCCCCAGUCUUUCUGUAGUCACUGUACCAAUUUGGACGUUCGACUGGGUUUGUGCCUGUCUCUGUGUGUGAAACAGACUGUCUAGACAUUCUCCAGUGUCUGUUUGUGAACACAGUGUACUGUCUCAUAAACACUUUGCUCAUGUUCCAAACUCAAACUUUGUCUCCUUUUGCCCUGUUCUUUCAGUCGUUUGCCCUCGCAGAUAAGGUCUGGAUGUGUUAAAUCAAUUUGACAGUACGCCACAUAGCCUAACGCAUGGUUUAAUAGAGUGAAGCGAUCUGUCUUACCUAUCCUCCCCUAAAGAUUUAUGCAAGCCAAUCCUCAAAGGGCUGCGGUAAAGGGUACACAUUUUUGGUUUGGAACACAGCCAUUYUUGAACUUUUUCUGUACGCAAUAAUAUUUAUCCUCUUCCAAACAGUCAAGGCCAUCCAGCCGUGACAAAAAGAGAAUGCUUCCAUUGCUGUGAACUCCUUGAUAUACAUCAAAAUCCAUGUUGUAGUUCKAAAUGUUUAGUGGCGCCAUCUGAUGAUGUCACCGUAAGGCAACCCUGUCCCCAUGUCUUACACCGUUGAUAUAUUUGAUACCAAGCUGCUGUAGUUGUAGAAGGACUGAAGCGACAUUGUGGUAUUAUUACCCAAAUCAAUGUUCUCCUGUUCAUGUUUUUUUUAAAUGUUUUAUUGUUGUAUUACCUUUUUGUUGGUUUGUUAGUUCAAUCCGACAUACCUGUACCAAUGUACUUUCCCAGAAAGUGUUUUAUUUUCACAUGGUUGUACAGUAGAUUUUCCCCCUUCCCCCUGGGUGUUCGGAAUUGUGCAAGAGGGCAAAUGCAAGUUAAUGCUGCCYAUCUCAAAUSUAUAAAUGUAUUUUUUAUUAAAGAAUUAACUCUUUUUUUUUUA